AUGGAGACAUGGAAUCAAACUUCAAGUGACUUUAUUCUUUUGGGGUUAUUGUCACCAAAUCAAACUGGAUUAAUUCUUAUGCUCCUGAUCAUCUUUGUGUUCUUUGUUGCCUUAUUUGGUAACUCAGCCAUGAUCCACCUGAUACGUGUGGAUCCCCGGCUCCACACCCCCAUGUACUUUCUCCUCAGCCAGCUUUCUCUCAUGGACCUGAUAUCCAUUUCAACCACUGUACCCAAAAUGGCGUUCAACUUCCUCUUUGGACAGAAGACUAUCUCCUUCCUCGGAUGUGGAGUGCAAAUCUUCUUCUUUGCGACCAUGGCAUGUUCUGAAGGCUUACUCCUGGCUUCAAUGGCCUAUGAUCGUUUUGUGGCCAUCUGCCACCCCCUCCACUACCCCAUCCGCAUGAGUAAAAUUACGUGCCUGAAGAUGAUCAUAGGAUCUUGGAUACUCGGCUCUAUCAACUCGGUGACACACACAGUCUAUGCUCUGCACAUUCCUUACUGUAGGUCUAGGGCCAUUAAUCAUUUCCUGUGUGAUAUCCCAGCCAUGUUACCACUGGCUUGUAUGGACACUUGGGUCUAUGAGUACGUAAUUUUUGUGAGUACCUGCCUAUUUCUCCUCUUUCCUUUCCUCGGGAUCACUGCUUCUUAUGGUCGGGUCCUUUUUGCUGUCUCCCAUAUGCGCUCAGUAGAGGGAAGAAAGAAAGCUUUCGCCACCUGUUCAACACAUUUAACUGUGGUGACAUUUUAUUAUGCACCUUUUUUCUACACUUAUUUUCAGCCUUCUAAUGUCCGCUCCCCCACAGGAGAUAAGAUCCUGGCUGUCUUCUAUACCAUCCUCACUCCCAUGCUCAACCCCAUUAUCUACAGCCUGAGGAACAAGGAAGUCCUAGGGGCCAUGGAAAGAGUGUUUGGGGUGUUCAAGAAAAAUUGA